GUCAAAUGCAACCAAUAGGCAGCAGAAAAAAAUCGAAUUAGCGAACUGACGUGGAAGUUCGUUUUGCUUGGAAUUUGUGUUAAAAACUGCUUUACCUGUGUAUCCAUUCCCAGCGAAAGCUGCAAAUAAUUGCACAACAGUCGCUAGCUAACGCAUCUAAGCCGAAUUUCGACGCAGCAAGGUCUGAAAUCGUUUGAAUUCGUGGGAACGGGAACGCGAACUUUGAGCUGCAAUUUGUGUUUUGUGUGUGAAAGUUGCUGCUUCACUUUUAUGUGCUUAUUUUGAGACGCUUCUCGCAGGCCACUUUAAGCUAUGAAUCCGAAUAUGUAUGGCCCACCGCCUACACAAUUCCAACCACAAUAUGCACCUCCGCCGCCGAUUAGUGGCACACGGCCACCGACAGGUUGGCCACAACAACAACAGCAGCAGCAGCCGCCGCCGCCAGCGCAACAGCAGCACCCACAGCAGCAGCAGCAGCAGCAACAACAACAACAACAGCAGCAGCCACAACAGCAACAACAACAGCAGCCACAGCAACAACAACAACAAUAUGGCGCUGCGGUGACGUCCGCUCAGCAACCCUAUGUGAAUGGCAACUACCAGCAGUUGGCCACGUCGAUGAGCGGCUUGAGUGUGAGUGGUAAUCCCCUGAAGCCUACCCAGCCGCCGCUUCCUAUGCCCUCGGUUGGAGUUGGAGCUACUGCACCGCCGGCCGCAUACAAUCAGUUUAACUCGAACGCGCCGCCAACGUCGCAGCCAUUGCCCCCGGCCGGUUCGGGCUUAAGCUUCAACAAUAACAACAAUGCUUACGCGGCAGCCUAUGCAAAUGGCUCAUCAGCUCCAUCUCCGGCGCCUCCAGUGUCUGCAGCUGGUGGAGCAGCAGCGCCACCGCCCUCGCUGUAUCCACCCACAUCAGCGGCGCCUACUUCUGUUCCGCCUACAUUGGCACCUGCACCUAUGCCGCAAAGCGUGCCCAGCGGCAUUAACCAGAUGACACUCAACAGCGCGAACUUGGCGGGUUUGCCACACAUGCCACCACCAAAACCAGCUGGACAACAGCUGCCACCAACAUCCAUUGGCGCUGCGCAACCGCCACCACCAGCAGCGCAGUCAGCACCCGGAGCUUAUGUACGAUCUGGUCAACCGCUGCAACCACCGAGUAGCGCUGCUCCAGCCACGUUCGCGCAAUCUGGCAUGCCACCUCAGCCGGCAGCAGCUGGUGGCCCAACUGGUAUGCCAUAUGGAGUACCGCCGCCUGGCAACUAUCCAGGCGGAUAUGCCGGACAACCAAAUGCGGCAUUCCAAGGCGCGCCUCCGCUACCAGGACAGCAGCCAGCGCCGCCGCAACCUCAACAAUUUGGUGCAGCUCCGCCUCCAGUAGUCGGCUUUCCGCCACAACCAGGACAACAGUUGCAACAGCCGUCCAUGCCUGGCUAUCCGCCGCAGCCAAUGCCCGGCUAUCCACCCCAGCCUGGACAGCAGCCACAACAGCCCAUGCCCGGCUAUCCGCCCCAGCCUGGCACCUAUCCGGGACAACCAGGACCCGGUCGUCCUGGCUACAAUCAACCACCCAUGCCGGGCGCUGGCAAUAUGUACCAACAGGCACCGCCGCGUCGUCUAGAUCCCGAUCAAAUGCCAAAUCCCAUACAGGUGAUGAUUGAAAAUCAGCAAGCAGCUGGGGGUCCAUUUGUGACCAAUCAGGCUGGCCUAUUACCGCCGCUGGUGACCACGAAGUUUGUGGUGCACGAUCAAGGCAACUCCUCGCCGCGCUUUAUGCGCUCCUCUCUCUACUGCAUACCCAAUACGGGCGAUAUGCUCAAGACGACGGCACUGCCCCUAACGCUCAACAUUUCACCGUUGGCGCGCAUUGGCCAGGGUGAAAUGGAGCCGCCAAUAGUGAAUUUUGGUGACAUGGGUCCCAUACGGUGCAAUCGUUGCAAGGCCUACAUGUCGCCCAAUAUGCAGUUCGUGGAUGCGGGUCGACGUUUCCAAUGCCUCAUGUGCAAGGUCACAACGGAAGUGCAUCCCGACUACUAUCAGCACUUGGACCACACCGGGCAGCGUGUGGAUAAGCAUGAGCGACCGGAACUGCUACUGGGUACUUACGAGUUUCUAGCUACCAAGGAUUACUGUCGCAACAAUACGGCUCCUGAGUUGCCGGCGUUUAUUUUCAUCCUAGACGUCUCGUAUAAUACGAUCAAAUCUGGAUUGGUGCAUUUGCUCUGCUCGCAAAUAAAGCACAUACUCAAACAUUUGCCUGUGGACCAGGGUCAGGACAAGUCCAAGGUGCGCGUCGGCUUCAUUACCUACAACAGCACUGUGCACUUCUACAAUAUCAAGAGCAGCUUGGCGCAACCACAGAUGAUGGUUGUGGGCGAUGUGCAGGAAAUGUUUAUGCCGCUCCUAGAUGGUUUUCUUUGCGAUCCAGAGGAAUCGGCGGCCGUGAUCGAUGCACUAAUGGAGGAAAUACCGCGCAUGUUUGUAGACACCAAGGAAACAGAGACUAUACUAUACCCGGCUAUACAGGCUGGUCUAGAAGCCCUGAAGGCGUCCAAUGCCUCUGGCAAGCUUUUGGUAUUCAACUCAACGCUGCCCAUCGCCGAGGCGCCUGGCAAGCUCAAGAACCGUGAUGAUCGCAAACUGCUUGGCACAGACAAGGAGAAGACAGUUCUGACGCCGCAAACGACAGCGUACAAUCAGCUUGGACAGGAAUGUGUGCAGCAAGGCUGUUCUGUUGAUUUGUUUGUGUUCAAUAACGCCUACAUUGACAUUGCCACCAUUGGCCAAGUGUCGCGUCUGACGGGUGGUGAGGUUUAUAAGUACACAUACUUUCAAGCGGAACUCGAUGGCAAACGUCUUAUUGAGGACAUUAUUAAAAACGUAUCGCGUCCGAUUGCCUUUGAUGCGGUCAUGCGCGUUCGAACCUCUGCGGGCAUUAGACCCACCGAGUUCUUUGGCCACUUCUACAUGACCAACACCACCGACGUGGAGCUGGCAAGCAUUGAUGCAACCAAGUCGGUGAGCAUUGAGAUCAAGCAUGAUGAUAAGCUGCCGCCGGAAGAGAACGUCUAUAUACAGGUGGCGUUGUUGUAUACAUCGUGCAGUGGCCAGCGACGUCUGCGCAUAUUGAAUUUGGCGCUGCGGGUAACCGUUACCAUAGCAGAUGUGUUCAAGAGCUGCGACCUGGACGCCAUAAUGCUUUUCUUUGCGAAGCAAGCCUGCUUUAAGCUGAUGGAGCAUUCGCCAAAACAGGUCAAGGACAAUCUCAUACAGCGAUCUGCGCAGAUUUUGGCCUGCUAUCGCAAGCACUGCACAUCUCCGACAUCAGCUGGCCAGCUGAUACUGCCCGAGUGCCUCAAGCUAUUGCCAUUGUACUCAUCGUGUUUGCUGAAGAACGAUGCCGUCUCUGGUGGGUCUGAUAUGACCCUGGAUGAUCGCUCCUAUGUCAUACAGUUUGUGCUGGCCAUGGAUCUGAAUAUGUCCGUUAACUAUUUAUAUCCACGCUUCAUUCCCAUACACAAUGUGGAACCCGAUGAGACGUCGCUACCAACGCCAGUGCGCUGCACACAUGAAAAGAUCACCGAAGACGGAGCUUAUAUACUGGAGAACGGUGUGCAUCUCUUCAUCUGGCUGGGUCAGUCCUUGUCGCCCACAUUUGUCCAAUCUGUUUUCGGAGUCCAAUGCACGCAGCAGGUGAAUGCCGAACGUUUCGCUAUCACCGCCGAUACGCCGCUGGCACGACGCAUUACCGACAUCAUCGAUCAGAUUAUGGAGGAACGUACUCGCUACAUGCGGGUCACAUGUGUGCGGCAGAACGAUAAGCUGGAGAGCGUAUUUCGACACUUUCUUAUCGAGGAUCGCGGCACAGAUGGCUCUGCUAGCUAUGUGGAUUUCCUGUGCCACAUGCACAAGGAGAUCAAGGACCUGUUAAGUUAGCACGUAGGCAACACGUACAAAUCGCCGGCUGUCAGCAGCAUUGCAACUGACGAGCGCUGGUCCAGGAGCUAUUCGCAGAAUCGGGCGCGCAUGCGUCGCCUCUCACUGGGCAGUCGUCGGUUUAAAUGAGCGUGUUGACAUAUUUAUAGCAUAAAGAGCAGAUAAAACUUCAAUUAUACAUACAUAUAUACAUAUAUAUAAACAUAUAUCUGCGACAUCAUUUCGCGUGUUAAAAAUCUUCCAUUAACUUUUAUUAAACUUUCCACAUUUUGCAUGUUCUUUUUUCUGUCAAUCUAAAGUAUUCAAUAUAUGUGUGUAUUUCUGCGCUAUGAACAUUUGUUAAAUGAGCAACUGCAAUUAGACAAAUUAGUUUUCUGUUUUUUUUUUCUCUUUAUUUUCCUUUCAAAUUUCGAGCAUAUUUUUAAUUAAAUUAAAAAUGUCAGCUACAUUAAAAUUGCUCCCAAAUUAAAAAUCAUACCGUGAAGCAAGCCUGAUGCGAUAAAUAUGUAGAUUGUGAAACUGCAUAGGAAGCAAAUAUAUUUACCUGUAACAGCACAUUCAUUUACGAUUAAUAUAAAAAUGUUUCUACAAGGGAAACAAAUGAUUUCAAAAUCUGUUUCAUGUGUUUAAAACUUGUAUGCAAUAUUUUGUUUUCUGUCUUUUAUGUAAUUUGUGUAUCGUAAUUCAAAUGAUUAUUACUAUCUAUAAAUACCUAUAAAAGUUUCGUGUGAGAAUUAUUAUAAUUAUACUUGGUAUUUGCGAACCCCUUUUCCCAGGACCCCCAAACAAAAACCAACUGUGCAAAAAAUAUAUUACAAAUGGAAUAAAAAUCUUUAUUAAAACAAA